AUGGCAGAGACAUUCCCAGUCUCGUGCAUUCAUAGCAAGGUCUGCUCCAUUCCAGGCGCACAAGUCCAUAUCCAUGGGCUAACCGGAGAGUGGCCCCUAAUUGUGGGGAUAGUCCAGGAUCUCCAUGUCCCUCUACUGCUUGGAUGUGACUGGGAUGGAUUCCCCUCAGUGAUAAGUGCCACAGCACGGAUGAAGCCCCCACAGAGACCUAAAGCCAGAGCACAGCCAUGGCACUCUAUGGCACUCUAUGUGAGGAAGGGGGCCAGUAGGUCUCCUAUCCAGGCAGUGGCCAGAACCCCAAGUUCAGUACCAGCAGUUAUUGAGGAGGGCGAGUCAUUGAGAGGCACAAACAUUGACAAUAUAUCCCGCAAUAUGAACACAAUAAGAAAUGUGUCUAUUCAAAUUACCAAUUUCACAGACAGGUACACCUUAUCAAACCCAAGGAACUACACCAGCAGUGGAUAUUGUCUGAAUCUUCCUCAGCCUACAAUCGCAAAAAAGACCACUGAAGCCUGCUCCUUUACCAAAACCCAUUCAACAGCACGUGGUUGUGUUGGAGUCCUGGCAUACCAAAUCCUUAAGGAUGAACAGCACUUUGUCGGCGAACUUGCCAUAAUGUUCUCUGUGCCUUUUGACUAUAAUUGUUAUGAAAAUUAUUUCGGUGUUGGUAUUUAUGAAAAUCGAGUUUCAUGUAAUUAUGAACUGUUUUCUGAAAUGUAUUAUAGAGAGGGUACAUUCACCAGGAGUAAGGGUACAGGGAAUGAAGUCGAGUACACUGGACAAGAAAUUUGUGUGAAGGGAACAAUGUCCCCUGCAGGAAAUGCAGUAAUUAAGGUUGAAUUUCGAGAUUUGUCAUCACAAUACUCGACACGCACAAGCAAAACACUGUAGAUUCAAGAUCAGAGGGUCAGUCAAGGAUGACUGAAUUGUAAAAUGUUGACUAUGAAUAACCUAAUUGAUAAUAUGUCUAUGAACUAAUACACUCACACUCAGGAACAAUGAUUUUUCUAUUUAAGAGCAUGCAUGUUUCCUGUCAGUGCAUUUAUUUCUAUCUUAAUGUACACUAACACCACUCUCAGUGCAAUGUCUUUGUCAGUUGUACUGCAAAAUGCAAAACAAAGCAGAUUCAAGAUCAGGAGGUCAGUCAAGGAUGAUUGAAGUGUAAAAUGUUGAAUAUGAAUAACCUAAAUGAUAAUAUGUCUAUGAGCUAAU